UAGAACUGAAAUUGAGAAAAUUGACAUCAAUGAUGUCUAAUUGAAACAAGGCCGAACUAUGUUUCUCGAAUGAUUAAAAUUGAUUUUCGUUAAAGUACGUAACAUAAUCGCGAAUGUAUUUUCCUAUCAAUCUAAUAAAAUACGAACGUUUUACGUGUCUUAAAAUAACACUCUUUCAUUUGUUUCUUCUUCUUCUUCAACGAUAUUUUCAUAUAAAAAAAAUUCUUCUUAUAAUGGAGCGUAUCUCUGAUUUUACAGGAACGUUUAAACAAACAGAAAGAUUUGUUAAAUAAUUCUACAUCAAGAUAAAUCAAUGUUCCGGGUGGAUGGGAAAGACCAUGAAAGAAUGCCGUAUCUGGAGGACAGUUCUGUUUCUUCUCAAUAUUUCAAGUUUGGCAAUAGACGCUAACAUAAUUGGAGAACAUACCUUAACGGACGAUGAGAGAAGAAAAUCCUUCGAAACGGAGCGUUCUGUGUAUUCUUGGACUGGACCGAACGCCUUGGCAAGAUCUGCUCUGGUGGAACGUCAAGAGAGAUUGCAGUAUAACUGCGAGGAGAUCUUGAGAGAUAGGAAUCCUCGGAACGACGAUUUGAAUCUGGAGUCCUUCAGAAAUAUUCUUGUCGACGAACAACAUGAACUUUUGUAUUGUUACGUUCCAAAGGUUGCCUGCACAAACUGGAAACGAGUUCUGAUGGUCGCUACCGGGAAAUGGCCAGGUAAUGAUCCUAUGGAAAUACCGGCUGAUCAGGCGCAUUCGCCAGGUACCUUUCAGAGGCUCAGUAACUAUACUUUGUCUGAAAUAGAACGAAUGCUGGCGACUUACGACAAGCUGAUCGUCGUCAGACACCCUUUGGAAAGGUUAUUGUCCGCCUACAGAAACAAGUUGGAGGCGAAACAUGAGAAGAGUUCGAGGUACUUUCAAACUCGUUUUGGAAAGAAGAUUAUCAGGAGAUAUAGACAAAACGCCACUGCAGAGUCGCUGAAAAACGGGGAUGACGUGACAUUUAGAGAAUUUGUGCAGUUUGUCACAGAUGAUUCGUCAAAUGAAACACGAAACGAGCAUUGGAAGCCAAUUUACGAGUUGUGUGAACCGUGUUUGGUCAACUAUAAUCUCGUCAGCAAAUACGAAAGCUUAGUUGAAGAUGCCACGGAAGUUUUAGAACGGAUGGGCGUCGAGUCCGUCAGUUUCCCGACGAAACCAGCGAACAGCGAGCCAACCGCGAAGAAACUAGAUAAGUACUAUUCCACGUUGACGUACAAACAGCUUCGAAAGUUGGCAGAUUUGUACAAAUUAGACCUAAGACUGUUCGAUUACUCGUUGGAGGAUGUGCUAGGAUUUUCGUUGGCAUCUUAUAGAUAUCCAGGUUUUAUUUACGUGAAUGUUUUAUGUGGACGUUCAAUAGACAAAGACUUUAUGGGUUGUGCCUUGAGUAGAAUUGUUAUUCUAACAGAAUAA